GUCAGAGCGUCGAUGCGACAGAGUUUAUAUAUCCCCAAUCCCUCCUAGCUUUCUCCCAUCGUCCUCUUUAUAUAUCGACCACCACCUAGGCCUAACCAGACAUCGCACCAUUCUCCCCGCAUCUCUUUCUGCUUUAAACUCGGUCUCGUACCACCUCGCGUUCAAAUGGCUACUCUAACCAUUACCGCGACUGCAUAUAAUCACUCUUCCAAACCACCCAUCUCUUCUCCGCUCGCGUCCAAUGCUCCAACGCGCUUGCCACCAAAGCGUCCGCUGUCCAAUGGACACGCUUUCCCCACCUCGAGACCACUGCGUCCGUUCCCCUCCAUCAACACCAGUUUCUCGUCAAAUGGUCCUAAAUCAAAACCGACCAAAAUCAUCGAGCCACCUAAAAACUUCCGGGGAGAGUGGGUUCUGAACCUCACUCAGGCCGAGUUCAGACGCCAGGACUGAGGUGCCAUGUUACGUCCUCUUGUCUCGCAAACUGCUUCGGAGGCCAAACCUCCGAUCCAUCCAUGAGGGUUCUUCCUGCCCAUAACUUUUGUCGGCCUCGCCCAUAUCGCAUGUUCGUUCCGUCAACUCAGUACAUUUAUCAUUCCUAUUCCUCGCCCUCAUGGUCACACUGUAGAACUAGAUCAAAAGCAUCCCCGUUUCAUUACUGUACGCCCUCCGUUUCUCUGUUACCUUACUUCCUUGUAAGCUUUUUUUCUUCAUCGUUUCUUUUUCCCUUUCACUGUUGUGCAUUUAAUUGAUUCACCCCUUCCGCUUCUAUCACAUUCAAGUCUUUUGCAUCUUCAUUCACUGUUCCCGCAUCUUUAUUAUUUUUCCUCACACUUCCGCCUCCGUAGGUCUUGCAGCAGUCUUUGGUUACGGUAUGUUGUUGUACUAUUAGAAUACCGAGAACGUGACUUCGAAUCGUAUAUACCCAGUUACGCUAGUUCAUCAAUGAAGAAGUUGUUGCAGAUGUCAAUGUAUUUAUAACGAGGCUCAGAGAUGUG